GAAACUCCCUGUGUUUUGGCUUGUUGGAUCCCAUACAUAGACAGUACCGUGAUUACUAACAACAGCAAAUGUUCUAGAGUCUUCCGAAAUAUCUACUGCUUGAAUAGACGUCUGGAUCAAACAACCUCCCGUGGAUCCUUUUCCUGGUUGUACCUGAUGAAUAAAUCCGUUGUCCCCCUUCUUGUUGCUCCCUCUCAUGUAAUUCUCGUUUGAUCUUCCAUUCCCUCCAAGAUCCCAUAGUGUAACUUUUCCUGCAGCAUCCCCCGAGUAAAUCUCGUCACGAUCGCCUCUCAAUGUCACCGAUCUCACGGGGGCUUUUACAUCAAAACUACGCGAGUAUGUUGGAUUUCUCAAGUCCCACAAUUUCACUGUGCCAUCUUCACUUCCACUAUACAGGUAAUGCCCAUCUCUUUGAAAGCCUAAUGAGGUAACGCUGGACGUAUGCCCUUCUAACGUAAGCGCUGGUUGUUGCUGGUCGGGAUUUGCAAUUUCGUAUAAUCGUAUGUGUGGAUUACCACCGGCUAAGGACAGAUGUGUAUGUGAAUGAAGAGAAGAAUAAAAUCACCAAUCGAAUCCAGAGUAAUACGAAUUGAAUUGGUCAGUACAUUCCAGGAAGAUAACUCCCCCGAUAAAUAGCAAGCGAAGAAACCAAUUCAUUGCCUCAGUGCGUGCUUACCCGCAAGAAAUUGCUUGUCUGGUGUGAUUUCUAGUUUGUUGACCUGUGAGUCUGGAUACUUGAGCGUCCUCUGGCAAAUUCCCGACGGCGCUUCCCAAAAUCUGAUUCGAUGAUCAAAUCCAGCAGUGGCUAGGAUUACACUCAUUUCGAACGUUUACAGUUGCUCGUAGCAGUUUUUGCGGCUUCGAGCUUUACUGUUUAUUCGGCAAAUGGCGACAUCGACAGUUCUACUUUCGGAUCUUGGUUUGUCAUGGAUCGAAAACCAAUUCCCAUCAACUAAUCUUUUGGAUCUCCAUAGAAUCGGUGUACCUUAUGCAGAAAUAAGCUACAGAAAUAAAUCUUGGAUGAUGGUGGGCGUUGACUGCUUCGUACAGCACAACUACGAGUACUUACUUGGUACUAGUACGGUAGAAGAAGUAUUUCUCACAAGCAAGGUCACGGACCAAGUACUGUAAUACCCUACAGGUAGGGUGUGGUACUGUACCGUACUAGGUUUAGCGUUCCGUACGGUACGGUAGGAAUACCUUUUUUUUAAAUGAUACGAGUAAUACGUAGUAGUACGAGUUACUCGUUCCACCCAUUGAGACUGUAUUGAUUCCUACUGCCAGGCCAGGGGUCCUAAAUUUAUCAUCCCUGCCUACCGGCGCGGCACCAACGGUAUGUACCGUUACAGCCAGGAUAAGAUAAGAAAGCAAGGGCGCGCGGUGCGGAGAUUUUUUGUUUUUUGUGUAGCAUCGUACAUACUAUUCUUCAAACAUAUAAAGAGUAUUGUCAUACUGUAUUAACAUGUGCUCCAUAGAUUGUUUCAUGACUGAGAUAGUACGUCACAAAUUAAUAUCAUGAUGAGCGAGAUGAAUUGCUUGGUUGCCAUGAUCCACCAUGCACACCACACGUGAGGAUUUUUUUUGUGAAGAACUAUUACGAGGCUAUCUACCGGUACGAUUAUUCGUACUGCGCGACUCCCCUUUCUGUACUGAUCUUGAAUCAUCAUCAUACUCAUAAUCAUUUAGCUGCCGAAACCUGCCAACAGGAACUGGCUCAAAGCAUAACAUUUCACCAGUGAUAUCUACUAUCAUUCCUGUAGAAAACAUCACUUGGCAAGAAUAACUAAUAUCAUGUAUUUCGUUGGAAUAUUGGUGGUGGCCUUCUUGAACUCUUCGAAUGGCGUCAACGGAUUUCAGGCGAGAAGAGGACCCAGACUUACCACGUUGAAUGGAGCCAAGGCGGCUAUUUCCACGGCUCUGAACGAAUCGCCCUAUUAUUCUAUUGAAACAAAUAACAAUGGUCCGGCAGGAGGCGAAGUGCACAGAUUAACCAUUCACAAACUUCCAGGGCAAAAAGAAGAUGAUGAAAACGAAAACCCCAUUGUGAUUGAAACUGGCAAGAUCGGUCGUCAGGCCUCCGGUGCCGUAACGCUGCAAAGAGGAGAUACUGUUCUUUAUGCUACAGCUGCAUGUGAUGGCUCCCCGAAAGAAGGACUUGAUUUCUUGCCUUUAAGUGUAGAGCAUCAGGAACGAUUUUCUUCCGUAGGUUUGACGUCUGGUGGAUAUAACAAGAGAGAUGGACGUCCUGCAGAACACGAAGUUUUGACGUGCCGAUUGAUUGAUAGACCACUCCGUCCUUUGAUUGCGGAAGGUUGGCGUCACGAAACUCAGUUGCUUUCGUKGGUUAUGAGUUACGAUGGGCUUCGCAGUGCCGAUCCUUUGGCCAUUGUCGCAUCCUCCACCGCACUUUUCCUCAGUGAAGUUCCACUUACGAAAGCUGUAGCCGCAGCGAUGGUUGGCUACGACAAAGAAACCGAUACCUUUUUGUUGAACCCUACUAACGAGGAAAUGGAAAAAUCGCCAUUACAGUUAAUUGUUGCAGGGACGAAAGAUGCAGUUCUCAUGAUUGAGGGUGCUGCAGACUUUUUGCCCGAAGAAACCAUGGUGCGGGCCGUCACGUUCGGACACGAAGCAAUUCAAGUUAUUUGCGAGGCAGUUGAAGAAUUUGGUGCCCUUGCUGGAAAAGAAAAGAAUUUUGAGACUCUAAAAACAGCGCCUGAGGCUCUGCAGCAGGUUGUCGAUGAUCUGAUGACGGAGAAGGUGGAUGCGGCGUACGCGUUGGGCGGAACCAAGACCACGCAGGGACCUGUCAUGUCAGAGCUCAGGAAAGAGUUGGUUGAGACUUUGACCAACAGCGACGAUGAAGAAGCUGCAGAAUAUGCUCCAAAUGAUAUCAAGUCUGCCUUUAAGGAUCUAUUGUGCCGCCGCAUGUUUGUUCGAGCCCAAGAAACUGGACAGCGAUGUGAUGGUCGAGCAUUGGAUGAGAUUCGUCAUCUCACGAUGGAAACUGGUUUCCUGCCAAAGACACAUGGUUCUGCUUUGUUCACUAGAGGAGAGACACAAGCUAUUGCAACCACGGUAAGUUGACACGUAUUGAGACAGAACUUUCUUAUCCUUCGUACGCAACUUGAACCGAUGAGAUUAAUCUAACUCUUUUCGGUUUGUCCCAUCUUUUCGUACGAAGACGUUGGGGGAUUCUGGAAUGAGACAAAAAAUUGACAAGAUUGAUGGUACCGAAGAGAAAAGGUUUUACUUGCAAUACUCUUUCCCACCUUCUUGUGUAGGCGAAACUGGUAGAACAGGGGCGCCUGGACGACGUGAAAUUGGUCACGGUAAUCUUGCGGAACGGUAAGAAGAAGCCAUCAUGAAAACGAGUCAACUGACAGUAUCCUUUCUGAUAUCACACCUUACUUACUCACAUUGCAUUUAAUUUUCGUCCGAUGAAGUGCGCUUGCCCCAACCUUGCCAUCCGAAGAAGAAUUUCCUUACACCAUUCGUGUCGAAUCUUUGAUUACGGAAUCGCAUGGUUCCUCUUCUAUGGCCAGUGUCUGCGGUGGAUGUUUGGCGCUGAUGGAUUCUGGAGUACCAAUCAAAAAUCCCGGUGAGUUUUUCCACUUUUCUUCGAACAUGAUGAGAUAAUUUUUAUGGUGUUUGAAUUGAGCCGUACAUUGUCCUAACUUAUUUCUUUCUGGUCGAGACAGUCGCUGGAAUUGCGAUGGGCAUGCUUUUGGGAGAUAAGGAAGGUGUUUCGGACGAAAAUGCAUUGAUUCUUUCAGACAUUUUGGGGACGGAGGACGCUUUGGGUACAAUGGAUUUCAAGGUAGCUGGAGAUCGUACCGGUAUCACAACAUUUCAAUUAGAUAUCAAGUGUGAAGGUCUAAGCCUACAAACUAUGGAGCGAGCCCUGGAACAAGCAAGAGUGGGUAGAUUACACAUUCUUGAUAAAAUGGACGAGGUCCUUUCAAAGUCCAGAGAGAUUCUCCCGGACACCGUGCCAAAGCUGGCGCGAUUCACAAUCGAACCUUCGUCUAUUGGAAAAGUUAUUGGUCCGGGGGGGAAGCAAAUUCGUGCGAUUAUUGAGGACUAUGAACUCUCGAACAUGAACGUCGACGACGACGGAAACGUACAAAUCUCUUCGUUCAAGCAGGACAAGUUGGUCGAAGCAGAAGAAUUUGUCAAGAAGUUGGUCGCCGGUGGCGGUGGCCGUGAUGGCGGCGGCCGCGGUGGCAGAGAACCCAGACCUCAAUACAGCGGUCCGGAUCCAGUAGAAGGCCAGGUUUACAAGGGAACAAUAAAGGGUGUGCACCCGUUCGGGGUCUUCCUUGAAUUUAUGCCUGGAGCCGAGGAUGGAUCAACCCCGGGGCUAGAGGGGCUCUGCCAUGUUUCUGAGCUAGCGGAAGAACAUGUCAGAAGUUGUGAAGGCUACGUAAAGAGUGUCUUGAACACAGAGGAGUUCGAUGUUGUGUAUAUGGGCGUCAACAAACAAGGCAAGAGAUCAUUGAGCCGCAAGGCGGCCUUGGCUGCGAAGAGAAACGGCACUAACGGAGCGCCCAAAGAACAGGCAUCUGUCAUGUCAGACGAAGAGUUUGAUGUCAUUGCCAAAGCCAUCGAAGGAGUACAAGAAUCUUAAUUCAUUCAUCGCUAUAAUUUCCAAGUUAGAACGUUUCUGUUUCCCCCUCUUUUCUAUUUUGUCAAUGGUUAAGUGUGCAAGACGUUUCCGAAAUUGUACUUGUGGUCGUGAAACUUACCCAGACUAAUACAUUUC